AUCAACUCAAUGCAUCAUGGCGGGAGUGAAGUCAUUUAGAAGUCUUUGGAAUGUUUUAGAAGGCCGCUCUUCGCUCAGGGAUUCUGCUCAAAUAUCUGAUGAGUUGGCUUCUUAUUCGACGCUUUUAUUGAAAGGAAAUGGGGCAUAUACAGAAAACAGUGCCGAGUCUGCUUCACAGUUCAGAGGCAAAGAAAAGAUAAAGUCGACUACCAAACAAUUUGUAUUGAAGCUGAGCAAAUUCUUGGGACUUGAAGAAGAGCGAACACUUGGUCUGUUUAAAUGCUACUUGAUGGAUGAAUAUAGGGGAUCACGAAAUCGACUGCAGACUGUAAUAGCUAGUCAACAACAUGGGAAUGCUCUAAUGGUCAAAAUUAUGGAAUAUUUCUUUGAGGAGCGACUGACUGUGUAUCAAUGUCUGAAGCAUAUUCUUGUCUACUGGCAGGAUCCACGACAUCCAUACAGGGAUGAGUACAAAGAGUUCAUUGAUUCUCAGUUGGCUGAUGAAGAACAAGGCUUUAUAGAACAGCUGAUGUCACAGUACAAGACAUGCUACUUGCGAAGAGCUCCGACUUGUGAAACAAAUGGAGAUGCUAUGACAAAUCGUUUGUCAGGUCGUUGGGCAAUACAGCUACUGAGAGAACAAGCUAGUUUGUUGGAGGUUUUAUUUCUCUAUUAUCGAGAUUUUCAGAUGCCUCCCGAAACAUUGACAAGUAUUGCAAAAUUGUUUGAGGGUCAGUUGUUUGGUGCCAGACAACCAAACAAGUACCUCUUCAACAGCACUGCAAAUGAAAUUGUUGAGUAUAUUGGGUCACUUCAGAUGCUUAUUAUUAUUGAAGGACUUGACAUCGACUGGAUAUUCAGCAGUUUACAAUCUAACAGCUUAGCUGAGCAUCACAUCAUCCAGUCACAGCAAUGCUGUCAGGAAUUGGAUGGUUUGUUGAGUGGAUGGGGUGAUCUUCAUUUGCACGGUCCGAUGCUUCUUUCAUGGGCUGUGUUACGGCUGUUAACUGGUGACUCAACAUCCCUGAAGCUCUACAGGAAUAUUGGUGGUAGAGCCUUACAGAGUGGCGCCAUUCAGCAGCUGCUUAAAACACUUAGAUUGAAAUCUCUUCAGAGAGACUCUGUUCUUAGUCUAAUAGCAAAGUCGGUUGUUUAUGGUCUUGUGUUGGUCAUUGUGACAGCAUUUGAGGAAAGCUCUCUUGGUGAAUCUGCUCAUGUUUUAGUAUCAGUUCUUACUGAAACACUGACUGCAAAUCAUCUUUGUGCAUCGUUCUGGAAAAUAGGUGUGAAGACUGGAUUAGGGGCAAUACUUGAAUCAUCUCAAGCUAGAUUUCCAUUCCAGUUUUUUCAAUUUCUUGGGUUGUUGACAUCGUUGUCUACGAAUAUGUCAGGAGCAUAUAAAGUCACAGAAUAUUUGAAGACACUUUCUGUUUUCAGUCAGCCAUUUGAUGAGUCUCGUCCCAGUGAUGAUAUUGAUGUCACUGAUGAUGAGUAUAUAUGGCAGGUGACAGAUCCUCGUGUGGUUUGUCGAAGUGCAAUGACUACUGAUCUGCCGAGCAUUGUUAUGCCACCUGGAACACUGGGGAGUGUUGCAACAUUGGAAACAGGCCAUCAGAUGAUUACAUGGGAGUUUAUAUAUUCUGGCUGGCACCUUUUUUUGCUGGAAAUGGAUGCCCUCCUGCGUGUGGUCAACCUUGGUUCAGAUAGCAACUCUUUACCUAUUGUUAGUCGAGUAACAGCUAUUGUUCGCCUUUUGCAUCAGAUAUUGAAAUCUGAUUACUCACUGAGUGAAUCGUUGAAUCCUGUUUUUGAGAGAGUCUACAUGGUUCUGCAGAAGUUUAGUUCAUCGCAUAAUCCACCAGAAAAACUCAUUGAGGUUUGUCUGAAUUGCAUCACUGCGGUAGCAGACGUUAGACCAAGACCGGUAUGGCUGUCUCUUCAACAGACAGGCUUUUUUCCUCACACUACAUUGUUGUCAAUAUCACCAGGAAUGGAUGUUUCUGCAAGCAACUUUGGUCACGUAUUGAGUCUUAAAGAGAGACCGUCUGGGCAGUAUUCUGUCACUGUUGCUGCUUUAGGACUGCUGGCAUCUUUGGUGAGAGGUGUUCGGAAGCCACCCACUUCCGAUGAUGAUACCUGCCUUGCCGAGUGUCCAGUUGACUUGGUGGCAUCAGUUCUGUUUGUUGUUCAUGAAAUAUUUAGUAGCUUUCACAGAUGGAGGUAUGUUGAUAUCAAGGACAGAGAUGUGUUGGGGCAUAUGUCAUUAGAGAUUUUUCAGUUGGCACUUGCACAUGGCAAAGUUAAAGUGGAAGGUCACGACUCACUCGCUGGACUUGUGACUCGUGCCUUGUUGUACAGUGAGGCUGGUCAUGCUUUGCUCAACAUUAUAGCAACUGGGGUGGACGUGAUUGACUCUCUUGUAGCACCACAAACAAGUGAGAGUGAGGAACGUGGCACGAACUUUGUUCUGAUGAUUAAAAAGGCGUUUCACGUCGUGAUCGAACUACUGUCAUCAACUGGAGAGGAGGCAUCAGUAAUAGAGCAAGCUCUUUCAUCUCUCAUGGUAGAUUGUCCAACUGUUGGUGCAACACAAUAUGGCAAUGGAGGAAGUGUACACAUUAUAUCAGUGAUUGCAUCUUAUAUCCAUCAUCAUCGUGACCCAGAGUUGCCAACUCUUAGCACUCAACUGCUGAAGAGAUUGUGUGUUGUCUCUCCCAUGUCUGUGUAUGGAUGUCUUGGUUCAGAAGAGGAUGGCCAUUCUAUCAGAGAUGGAUACGUAAUGCGACUUGAUGCAAGGACAGAAGAUGUUGGAUUGAAGGUUUCAAUUUUGGAGUUUUUGGCAAAUGCUAUAGAAACUCAGCCAGGACUCACAGAGCUCUUUCUUGACUUGAAGCCACAUGCAUCUGAUGGCAAGAUGUUUGACAUUGGACGAAACAGUUGUCUUGGUGCUGUUCUCUCACUUGUCACAAUUGAUGUUGAGAUGUUACCAUUGGAAUUAGUAUGUGCAGCAUUUGGAUUCCUUGAAUCUCUCUGGAAGAAUAGAAAAGAUGCAGCUCUAGCAGCUAUUCGAUCACGGGAUCACUUUUGGGAGAGUGUUUUUAGACCCCUGUUGACUGAUCUACCCUCUGGACAGACAUCAGAUGAUGAUUUCCAAGUCGCCUCUCAUGCUUUUCAUAUUGCAGCAUUAGAAGUCUUCUACGUGACAGAAGGGGAGCUGGAUGAAAGUUUGUGUGACAUUUUGAAGGAAUUUGUACAAAAUAAUAGAUUUGAAUAUUGGGCACAGAAAUUGGAACUCGUAGACUCAUCUAUGAUGGAAAAUGUAUCGAGUCGAUGCCGACUGCAUCUCUUGUUGUCAUGGCAAAUGUUUGUUUUGGUGAUUGUCAACAGUCAGCCUUUAGCAUUUGGGUUGAGUAAUACAGAAAUGAAGGCCUCACUACUGGAUUGCGUUUUGUCAACUUUACAUGCCCAGGUAUCAGGUGUGGUUUCUCCAUAUUGCAUUGCAGCUUGUGACGAACUAUCUUCUUUGUAUUCUUGUGUGCUCAGAAACUGGAUUGAGGCAGUAGUAAAUCCUCUUAUUACGCUUGGUGAGUUGGUGAAGAUUUUGCAAUGUGCACAGAAUCAAGACCAACGAAUGAUCAAUGCUGUUGAGAAGUCAGCAUUUUCGUCGUGCGUUGUGUUGCUGAAGAAGUUGCCAACUGAAACCGAUGAGGAGAAAUGCCGAACAGCUGUUCUUUUGCUUCAAAUUGUGACAUUGUCAUUGCAACAGGCUGCUGUCAUUGACACUUCGAAGCCUCUUAAGGAUAUGGUUGUACAUGUGUUUCUGAUUGAAAAGUUAGUAAGAUAUCUACCUGCUUCAAUUCUAUGGAUGCCAACGUUAAAUGAAAAUAACACAUUACUACUUCUCAUUCAAGUAGUGGAUGCGUGCAUGAAGAACAGAACUGAUGUAGAGUUUACUGAUGCUGUUCUUCAUCUGUUUUUGUCUAUUUCUAUUGUGCCAGAGGUGGCUGGAGCUUUGACUAUUCUCGGAGUGCAUCAGUCGUUGUGUUUGAGUUUGCAAAAGGAUCAGGCGUCGAACAACAGCAGCACAUCACAGCUAACACUGAUCAACAACAGCCACAAACCAAGUUGGUCACAAGUGUGGCAGAUGUCACUGGCAUUGAUAACAACAUUAUUGCAAACUCUCGAGAGAGAUUUCUUGAGCUCUGCACUUGACUUUGUUGGAGUACACCAAGAGCAACUAGCUUUGUCUCUAGAAGCCAUUCAAUCAAAUCAGAGCAUCAACAGUCUUGUAGAAGCCGAAUGUACGGUAGCUCUUUUGGCACAACUGGCUUGUUUUCAUCGAGAAUGGCGGUUCUCGUUGCCUAUUGUCUUUGACAGCCUCAAGAAACAAGUUGGUUGGUUGUGUCAGGCUUGUUCGUCUCUACUCAGUCGGCCACAGUUGCUGUCUCAUUUGGUGGAUUUGGCAUCUGAACAUUUCACUUCACAUAGUGUGGAUCCUAUUCAACAUGGGAAAAUUUCAACGUCUCAACCAGGCAGUGCCGGCAAACAUGUUCACUUCGAUCGUCUGACUCCUCAUAGGCAUAGAGGCAUAUCUUUGUCGUCCACCAGUUCAUCAGAUGGUCGGUCACUCACCAGUCCAUUGUUUAUCAAGAUUCAGGGCAAGUUGCUGUCCGUUUUGGCUUACUGCUUGACCGUCAUGAGAUACAUUGCACCUGACCUUGUCACUGUCAUCAACGAUGCAGCAUUUGACAUAGACGAGCAUCUUCCACAGCUGAGACUAGCUUUCAAUGCGCCUGCAGUAGAGAAUAUUGAGAUGCCUUCGUUUGGCAGUGUUCUAGCAGUACUAAAUGCUUGUGUUGGUAUACUGCCAAAGCCACAUAGAACAACAACUCCAACCAAGUCACCCAGUGCUGGUAGUGCUGGUAGUUCAUCAUUGCCAGAACCAACUCAAGACAGAUCCUUGCUUAUGUUUGUCAUUGAAAAUUGCCUUCGACUGAUCCUGACAGAUGCAGCCAUAUACCUGAGAAAUCCUGGUGUCGACCCAAGAGUGAAACGCUUACUUAAACGUGAACUUGGAAGCGAUCUGGGUUCUAGUCUGACAGCUAUUGCAAGGCAUUUUGCUCGUCGAAGCACAGGAUCACAACAAAUGGCCGGAAAGAAAUCACCAGGUCUGGACCGAUCUCUUGUAGGAGGAGCCGUCUUCUCAGAAGACGACAAUGAUCAGAAGUUUUUCUACCUAGCAAACAUGUUUGUGGGACAACUAUUAAGAUGAAGUUAUUCAUUUUUCAUUCUGUACUUUGAGAACUAGAAUGAUGAAGUAUAAUGAAGUGCCUGUAUAUGUUUUAUUUGUAAAGUGAUACUUUAGUGAAAUCAACAAUACUUUGAUCUA